AUGGUAGCAUCCUCGUGGACCACUCUCAACAACAUCCAAAUCAUCAUCAUCACCACGAACAAGGACUCAUCGACUUUGGAAGAGUAUGACAUGAAUGCACCAGAAGACAAUUAUCAUGAUAUGCAGCAACAACAACCACAUUCUCACCGCUAUUCCAAUAGUAAUGACAAUCGAAAUACUACAUCCUUAUCGAAUAGUAAGAGAAGAACCAUGAUCACCGCAACAAAUACGACCAGCACCACUCACAACCAUCAAGAACCCUCAACAAACUCCACGACAUCAGCCAGGAAUGGAGAAAGCAUCAUGAAACACUUCUACAAUCCAUCGGAAGACAGCGAUGAAGAGAGAGAGUUGAACAACAACAAAAUGAUCAAAAAACCAACUCCUCCAAAAAUCGCUACUUCUCAUGCCUUUGAAAGUGUACCGCAUUCCCAACAACCUCAACCUAGUGCUAAAACUCCCUCUUCUAGUUCCCAAAAGAAGCAACAACGAAAGACACCACCCUCUGCAAAAACACCGCAAGAACCACAACCAACCACCUUUCCAAUGUAUCAUAAUCCUUUCCAAUUUAUUCCAUUCUAUCCUCCCUUCUUUUCUCCAUAUGGAAUAAGCCAAACAGAUGCAGAAUCAAUGAAAGAAGCAAUCAAGAACAACCCUUAUCGAUCUGGGUUUCCCUUCAUUCAUCCAAAUGGCAUGUUUCCAACAAAUGGAGAUGGUCAUCAUGCAGACGUUGGGCAAUCAAAUGAAUCUUUUGUCACUGAGGCUUCCUCAAUAUUUUUUGAAAAAGAUUCCAAGUUUCAAGAACAGAUCAUGACAGAAACUCGGGAGUUGAAACAAAUCAUUCAAUCACAAGGAGAAACAAUUUCGCUAAUUCUUAAACAAAUGGAGGAAAUGAAUCAAAAAUUGGAAUCUUUUCAAAUGUGUCACACACCUAGCAUUCAACGUGAAAUGGUCCCUCAUAGCGGAAAGAAGAGUCCAGUCACGACUGAAAUGGCUCAGUAUGUUACCAACUCAUCAAAUCAACACCAAAUGCCUACAACGAGCUCUCAUACAAAUCCUCUCGAUAGAUCCUCAAUUAAUUCAAAUAUUUCGAGUAUUAGUAGUGCUAGUAGCAAUACUGUUCGUCCAAGUAAUGUCACAACAUCAUCCACGUGGAAGAGCAUGACUUCACAAGCAAAUCAGCCAUACUCUCCUCCUUCCACAAAAUAUCACUCAUCUAGUUCCCCUAGUAGUAACUCAAAUAAUAGUGUCAACACGCACAAUUUUCCAAGUAAUAGCAUGAUGGUGAAUGGAAGUACUGUCACAACGAACAAUGUCAGUCAACAAGAUCCACACCCUGAUAAUAAUUACCACAAUCAUGUCACCAAUGAACUAUAUUCUCCUGUACCAACGCCUUCCAAGAAUUCAUUGUCCUCAAAAGACUUUCAAUUAGACAAAUCAACAACCUCCAUUCGAUCCACAACGGCCAGCAAUAUGGGAGCUCUGAAUACCAGUACGAACAGUAGUAUCAAUUUCCAACACAACGUUUCAUCCAUUAGUAAUGUCAGUGGAGGUGCAUUGAAUAAUAGCUCUAUCAAUAGUUCGAGUCAUGGACGAUAUUUGAAUCCAAAUGUGACCUCCCAGUCACCAACAAUUCCAACUUCUUCGUCAUUGAAUAAGGCAAAAAAUCUCUCCACUUCAGCGCUGACAAAAGUGAACGUAUCGACAACAAGUAAUGGUGCUCAAAAUUCAAUGAGUUCAGGACUCUCACAAUCGACCCAUUCCGUCCCCUCAUUAGGAACGAUGCAAUCAAAGGCCUCUCCACAAGUGGUGAGCAAGUCCUCCUCCAAUUUCAUAUCCACCACUACUGCUACCAAUGAAGUGGCUACAACCAACAACAGUCAUUCUGCUCAUAAUAUUUAUUCUCUGAGAGGAAGGUCAUCACCAUCCAAGGCUGCAACCAAUGGACUUGCUUCCAAAGACCACAUCAUGAGCGGUCCCACCAAAUCUUCUUCCGCCUCUUCAAGAGCAAGCAGCAGUAGCAUGAAUAUUCGUGAACACCACAGCCAUCACCAUCAUCAUCACGACACCACAGACUCAUUCCUGCAACGUCAUGCUUCACAUUUAAAUGAUUCAUUUGGUCUCUUGAACGAUGUGAACGCUGACUUGGGUGGUGAGGAUUCCUUUGUUUACAACUCGUCCUACAUGAGUAGUGGUAGUUCCACUCCUCCAGAGCCCUUCUCAACAGAAAUGCAAAAGUAUGUGAAAGAGAAAAUUCUCUCCUCGAAUUCACCAUCGAAGCAUCACGACUCAAAGAAGGAAGACAUCGCCAAGGACUCGGACAACACAUUUGUGAAUAGUUUAACUCUAUCAUCGAAAAAGAAGAAGGAUUUAUCGGCCAGCUUUUCCAAUUCAUCAAGUUUUCCAAUCAAAAGCUUUUCAAAGAUUUAA